CUUCAUAAAUGGACAUUCAAUUUUAUGCGCGAUGAGUCAUCCGGACCUACGAUAACAACACCUGCGAGUGCAUCGCCGCACACUUGUAAACCACUAACGCUUAGCGAUAAUAGCAGUCACAAAACUUUAGGAAUCGGUUGGCUUAAUGGCAGCGAUGAAUUUUGUUUUAAUACAGACUUUGAAUUUGAUAGUAACCUACCUAUCACUAAGCGCAUAAUUUUUUCACACGCAUCACAAAUUUUCGACCCGUUAGAUAUUUUAAGUCCAUUUAUUUUAACAGCAAAAAUGUUAUUACAGCAGCUGUGGUUAUUGAAAUUAGAGUGGGACGACACCGUACCGAGCGUUAUCGCACACCAAUGGAACCGGUUUCUUACGUCUCUGCCGUUAUUAAAAACAAUUCGAGUACCUCGCUGUGUUUUGAGUAGUAAUAUUACAUAUACAGAGAUGCACACAUUUACCGAUGCCUCGCAAACAGCGUACGGCGCGUGCAUUUACAUUCCCACUGUAAACGCUAAUGAUAAUAAGGUUACAGUACGCUUAAUAUGUUCUAAAGGCAUGGUCGCGCCCCUGAAAACCAUCAGUAUUCCACGCUUAGAACUUCUAGGGGCCCUAGUGGAUGCACGACUGUAUGAUAAAAUCAUAAAUUCGCUUCACUUAAAUUUUAAUCAUAUAAUGUUUUGGUCAGAUUCCACGAUAGUAGUUGCCUGCGAAAACUUGAUGGAAACGCCUACACAUAAACUUGACCGUUAUCAGAGGGUCGAACAAAUUGGACAACAUUUUUGGACUCGCUGGACUAAAGAAUAUAUCUCUGAGCUCCAGACGCGGACGAAGUGGAGGAACAAUAUAAAGGAUUUCAAGCCCAAUACAAUGGUCAUCAUAAAAGAAGACAAUUUCCCUCCAUUAAAAUGGCACGUGGGACGAAUCGUUAAAAACAUUCCUGGGAACGAUGGAAUUUCAAGAGUAGCUGACAUUGCAACUGCUUCCGGAAUAGUGCGACUUGCUUACAAUAAUAUAUGUCCGUCGAUUGAUCCAGACGAAUAAUCAAACGAGUGGUGAACCAGUUGAAAGCCAAGGGUUUCAAGACCGGGGCAUGUUCGAG